AUGGAGGCGGAGGAACUGGCAUCACGAUGGGAAAGGCUUCAUCUCUCCAAGGAAGAAAGUGCUUGCUUCCAUGUCCAGCAGAAGAGCCUCCACGAUGACAUAAGAAGCGGGAAGUACUGUAUUGUUGGGAAAGCUUUGACGGAAAAGGGAGUGAAUAGCGAAGGAUUCAGAAUAACAAUGUCUCAAAUAUGGAGGCUGGACGGGUGGGUGACGUUUAAGGAACUUGGUGAUCAAUGCUUCUUGAUCGAGUUUCAGAAGAUAGAAGACAAAGAAAAGGUACUGAGUGGACGCCCAUGGUUUUUUGACAGACACCUCCUCACCAUGAUGGAGGUUGACGAGAAGGAAUCCAUAGAUGGUUUGAAGUUCUGCUUUGAGCCAUUCUGGAUACAGUUACACAACCUCCCACUUUCAGUCAUGACAGAAGAUUUCGGUGAGCAGUUUGCAGAAGCUAUAGGCCCGGUUAUAAGAGUAGAAGCAGAGGCAGAUGGACGUGCAUGGGGCAGAUGCCUAAGAGUUAGGGUGGCUGUGGACCUUAACAGACCUCUACUUCGAGGGAAAUGGCUAAGGCUGGAUGACAAGCAACACUGGAUCUCAUUCAAAUACGAGAGGCUGCAAAACUUUUGCUUUCAGUGUGGUAUUCUUAGUCACAAAGGCAAAGGUUGCUCGAAUGCUCGUAAUACUCAGCAAGGAGAGACUGUGCCCCCAGCUCAGUUUGGUCCAUGGCUCCGAGGACAGCCUAGGAACACGAACAUUUUCGAUAGGCGUAGAUACGGCGGAUCAAAGGGCGGAAACAACCAACAGACGGGGCAGGAAGGGGAGAGGGUACUAUUGUCCAAGAUAUGUUUGUGCCUCGUACAUCAGAAGCCGUUGUGGAAAAGGUGGCAGGUGAAAAGGAGAAGGUGUCAGCAAGAAAGAAGGAAGAAGGGCCUCAGACAGCCACCAAUCAGUCACUUACAGACGGAAAAGGAGGAGAAGGUACUGCUGAGGAUCCAUGCAUCGGGAUUUUGGCUGGAAACCAGGGUGAGACACAGGUUUCUCACGUGGGGAGGCCUCUGCAGUUAA